CUGCUCAAAUUAAAUCAUGGAGGAGAAGAGACGGUACACGUGCGACCGUGAAUUGUUCUAGUAAUUUGAGGAAUUCUGAUCCGUAAACAUGAAUCCUCUAGUUCGUUCACAGAAUCUUUGUUUUCCACUGAGCUCUCUGCCAGAUGAUGUGGUCUUGUAUCUCGCACAAUACCUCAGUCCGCGCGAAAUAGGCAUCAUGGCACGACUAAACCGACAUUUCCGGAAAAUAUUCAACUCUCCUCAUCUCUGGAGAUAUAUCAACUUAAAGAUACGACUUCACGAUAGAAAGAUUGCCUCCGAGGCCAUAGAGAUCCUUAAAGUUAGAGGUAUAAGAAACCUGGAAUUCGAAAAUAUGGUGCACUCAUAUUUAAAACCUUAUGAAACAAAAACCGUGCAGCCACUUUUAUGUCCUCACCUCGAGAAACUUACCUUUAAAGUUACGACUCAAUUUACUCUUGAAGCUCUUUACAACGCUGCUUCCCAGGGAAAACUUAAUCUCAGGAGGCUUGCAUUUGGAACAGUGGACAUAAAGUUACAAAGUAGGAUAAAACGGACCUUUGAAGAAGUGUUGAAAAGCCUACCCUCAAUUAAAGAAGUGAGCUUUGGAAGAGUGGAUGUGAAUGACGUAAGCGUGAAAAUUGUUGGUAAAUGUGCUUUUUUGUGGAAAAUUAUUUAUUGGUGAAAUUUUAAAUAAUCUGCUAAGUGAAAAGUUUUUCAUAGUACAUAGAAAUGCCAUUAACUCCCAUUUAUGGUAUAUAUGUCACAAUGCUGUCAUCUUCCUACAAGGGGAUGUUGAAGAUAGACUUAAGAAUGUGUUUCUUCAUCUUUAUCAUCACUGUGACAAUGAGAGAGCCAAUGGUGCUGAUAUAAGUUGAUUAUUUUAAUAAGAUGGUUACCAAUCCCCUUUUAAAGAGUGACCCUUUUCUUCCUCAUCAUCAUCAUUUUUUUAUCACUUCCAAAGUAACAUUUUUCCCAUUCAACAGAAUGAUGAAAGAAAGUGACCUCCAAGAAAACGCUUGGCACUGGUUGUUUGAAGAGGGGAAAAGGCUAUCCACACAAUAAAUCUUUAUCCGGUGGAUAGUGCUGAGCGUUUUCCUAAUACUUAUCCGCUGGAUAGCUAUUUAUGGGUUGUAUAGUGUUGUCUGUCCUUUAUACAACUGAGCCGAGGUUUAUAGGGGAGGCCACCUAGGUUGUCAAUAUGUAAUUAAGUUGAGGAUGUGCCGAUUGGUGAAUUCAGACUUAUUUCAUUUCAAAUUCAAUCACUUUUUUUUUUUAAUUUAAAGGAGCUAGUUGAACCAGUGACCAGUAUUAGGAGGUAAUUCCCCGUUUUAGCCCCUUGAAAAUGAUAUAGUCGAUAACAAUUGGCUAUUCAUGUGUCAUAGCAGUGAAUUUGACCAUCAAACAAACUGAGAAACAUCAAAGGCACUAGCUGGUUAUGAUAUUAAAAUAUACAUUGAAUGUAGCCAUUUGCAAUGCAUUAAUAUGGAAAACAUUUGUUGUCUUCUUUCCUCUUAGUUAGCAGGCUCAAAUCCACUGGCAGAUGAUGUGCAGAGGGCUUUAUGCUGCAGUGGGAAAUUGACAAGCAUCUCACUUGUAUGUCAAGAGUCAGUAGAGAUGUCUUGGCUCAAAGCAGUUGUCAGUAGUAAUCCACACUUGCGAAAGUUGUGUCUGAGUUUGAUAUCGCUCACGGAUUAUGGUGAAGCAGGUGAACUGUCUAUUUUCCUUUUUUUAAGGUUUGCAUACAUGGGCUGCGGUAUUGAUAACAUGCUAAGUAUUUUUUUUAUUUGUUUUAGGAGAAUUACACGAUGUUGAACAAGGUGUGUUGUCUAGCCUAGAAACAUUUGAAUUACAUGUACGUGACACUUAUCACAACAGCAGAAGACUAACAAACCACAUUCUUGAUUGGGCAUUUCCAAGUAACAAAGUACCAUACGAAAACCUUACAAGCUUGGAUGUGACAUGUCCCCAUAAUCCCAUUAUGUUUACACAGCUUCUUAAAUUUCCUGCUUUGAAGAGGCUGAAUUUGACUGGUUCAUUUGUGCCCAAAGAACAAUCCCUAUGGGAUUUUCCCAAUUUCCAAACCUUGGAGUGGUUAGAACUAAAUAGCUGCCGUGGAAUCAGUGGUGAUCAACUACACUUUCUGUCUCAAAAAGUGGGAAAGACUCUCUGCUACUUAGGCCUGGCACAAAUUCCAAUGAUUACCAAUAAUAAUCUACGAGAACUGGCCAUUAUGUUUCCUGUUCUUAGAACCCUUGACCUGAGUGCAUGUUUAAGAAUCACAGAUGCAUUGCUGGUGGAGUGGUACAUUAAGCACAAUAAAAAUGAAUGGCCAAAGUUGAGAAAACUCAUUUUGAAAGGUUGUGAAGAAAUCAGUGUGGAUGUUGUAAACUCAGUACGGUUAAAGACAAGAAAUCAACUUCUUGUUGACUUGUGAAUCCUCUUGCUCUUUAGAGAGUUUGCAAUUGUGGAACCUUUUCUUAACCCUCAACAUGCAAACAGCAGUAUGUCUAGUAUCCAUGCUGUUCUUUAUGCAUUUCAUAUGGUACUGACAACAAGAAUUUGUUUGAAAAUCAAGAGCUUCUUAAGGUGAAAGCCAUUUCCUUUAUUCCCAUGACCUACUUGCUUGAUUUAGGGAGAAAUUUAAAGCUAGGUACUCUUUGGGGUUAACUUGAGUUUCAAACUAUUUUAAUGAUGCAUUUGAAGAACAUAUUCUAGGAAUGUAGCUCAGAAUUGAAUUUCAAGAAUGCAAUUUGGAUACAAUUUAGAGGGGCCUUUGAGGCUGCAUUUUGAAAGUGCAUUUGGAAAUUCACUUUUGCAUGUACUUCAGGGAUGCACUAUGGGGA